AGUACAUGAGCCGUCUGUCGUGUUUUUCUGACCAUCCCUCCCAUCUUCGAAUUAAUGACUCAAAAGCCUUCAGCUGAGUUUAUUUUCAUAUAUAAUAAGUUGUCUUUCUAUGAGAAUGCGUCCCGUUGAGCGCGAGAAUUACCGAGAGCAUCCUGUGAAUAAAAUACAGUCCGUAUGCACCCACCAGGGGGCGUAACUGAACCUCGUCAGUCGAGGAACCUUGGAUCACCCCUGCUGCUGGACCAUUAAUCUUUGUCUGGAACUAAAGAGAGGAAUGAUAGUCGGAUUUACAGAUUCAUGAUUUUUAGAGCAGUUUUCUGAGGACAAAAACUUCUAUCGGAUUUACCAUUAAUUUUCACGGAGAAGGUGUUUUUUGGACGUCGAGGUUGUAUUUAUUCAUCUGAACCAUGAGACGAAGAUAAGAAUUUAGAUGUUAGGAUAAUAAUACGAAGAGGAAACGGGGGUGAUAAAAAAGAUUUAAUGAAACUUCUCAUUUGAAAAAUCGCCUGACACUUGACGUGAGAAAGGAAAAUAUUUUAGUGAAAAUAAAAAAAAAAUCAAAUCUCAUUUUGAGGAUGGAAAUUCUUUUUAAAGGUUUUCCAUCCGCCAUGUUUUGGUUAGUGUAUUCGAUUUGGAUUCUGAAAAGUUCAUACGCUAAUAAAACAGAUUCGCCAAAUCCCCUCAGUUAUAACCACCAACACCUUUUGGGCAACAAAAUAGACCAUGCUUGUACCAACUUCACUUUUGGUGUAAUGGAAUUCUACAGCCCAAAUUUCCCAGAAAAGUACCCCAACAAUUUAGAGUGUGUCCGAGCCAUAGAAGCACAACCAGGAUUUGAAAUUCAGCUCGACUUCCGAGAAAAAUUUGACAUGGAAUCCGGUCAGAAUAAGGAAUGUCCAUACGAUUUCUUGGAGGUUCGAGACGGACCAUUCGGGUACUCUCAGCUGUUCGGAAGGUUUUGCGGGAAACGGUUCCCGCCAUUACUUAUUUCCAAUGGAAGGUACUUGUGGCUAAGAUUUAAGAGUGACAAAGCUGCAAACUACGGUGGAUUUAAAGGAAUAUAUAGCUUCAUCAAGAAAGAGGGCUACAAACCUGAACUGGAGGCCUUGAGUGUAUGUCGAAUGCCUGUUAGCAAUAUGCAUGGAUUUUUGUCGUCUGCGGAUAUGACGCCAUUAUUGAAUGGCAAUGUAGAUUGCACGUGGGAAAUACAGGCUCCACCGCGGAGCAAGAUUUUCCUGUCAAAUUUCAAAGUGGCUUGGCGCGUACAACUAUCUUCUCCAUGUGACUCAACAAGAAUCGAAAUUUACGAGACAUAUACAACUCAAAGUGCUCUUAAAGGGUCAUAUUGUAUGGGCUCUAUUCCAGAUAUUAUAAUCGACAGCAGUGUGGCAUUCAUUAGAGUAUUUUCCCCUGCAUUGUCAAUCAAACCGGAAAUGACGUUUUACUACACCAUUCUACGGGAGGCAAACAGGCCAACAUUUAUAACAGGUCCCAUUGAUUCCUCAAACAAGAAUGAGUUGGUUUGCUCUUCAUCAGAAUUCAUGUGCGACAAAAGUUGUCUUAGUAAAUCCUUGUUGUGCAAUGGCAUAAAAAAUUGUCCGUCAGCGCAAGAUGAGAUUAAAUGUGCAGGAAAAGAAGAAGAAUCCGAGGUGCCUUUGUACAUCAUAGGAGCCGGUAUCCUAGGUGGCGUUAUAAUCACAGCCAUAAUCAUUGCAAUAUGUGUCUCAUGGCGUUGCAAGAAAAACCGGAAGAGAAAGGAACGAGAACUUGCGCAGCAACACGAAAAACUCAAAGAGAGCACAAUAGAAAUGUCCAGCAACAGUACAACCACUACCCUCGGAAGCAAAAAGAGUGUUCCUCCCGUGGGUUAUUUUUCCCUACCACGUCCCCAUGGAGGCAAAAAUUAUAAAGACCACAGGAACAGUUUAACGAAUUCACAGCCAUCGGAGGGUGAAUAUCCGGAUCAGUCUUCAGAUCCCGGAACUUAUAAAAAGUUCACCGUCCUUGACCCGUACAUGGAGGACGAAACGAGUCCUCCGCCUUCCCCAUACACCCAAGGCACGUGCCUUACGACCAUCAUAGAGAGACAUGAUAUGCCCCCGCAAACUGAGCUAGACGGUAGUUAUGGGUGGACGGGGUACGGAUGGAAACAAACGCCCCCUACCCUCACCGAAAAUCUGGCCAAGCUGGCACGUUACAAUAUGCCUCAACAUGAACAUCAUCAUCAACAAAAAAUGUUUAAAUACAAUCCAGAAAAUAAAAUGUACAUGGACCCUAAGUACGAAAUGUACCAAGAGCAAAAAAUGCAAAUGAACAAAGAUAAUAAAAUGAAAUAUGGUACACCAGUCGAUAAACAAUCGUCAUUACAUGAUGACCAGCCUCACUUUAAAGUGAAAAUUCAGGACCCUGAUAUAACACGUGACCUGGAAGUGACGUAAUCUGGGUAAUUUAAAUUCAUUAGAAGCAUGUAAUCAUAAGCAAAACACAUCAUUGACUCAUUGUGAAUAUGUAGAGAAUGUGAAUGUGCCUUCAUUCAUAUGUAAAUAUUGUCAUCAUGUAAAUAUAUUUUCUACUUGUUCAUGCCAUUGGCUUGGUGUUUUUGUGGUAUGUAAGUAGUUUUGUACUGAUCUUUGGAAUAAAAAUAUGAAAAGAAA